ACAUCGCGUCCAACGCCAACUGCUACAGUUUCCGCUUGGUUUGCUAUGUCUCCCUCACGGUCCAUAUUGCUGGUGGGAGAGGGGAACUUCUCAUUUUCUGCCUGUGCCAGUCAACCAGACUGUAUCAUAACUGCUACUUGCCUGCAAUCACAAGAGGAGGCACUGCGACACGAAGGUGCUGCUAAUAACAUCCAAACAAUUAAGGACUCAGGUGGAAAUGUGAUUUUUGAUGUUGACUGCACAAAGCUGGGGGAAUGUGCUUCGCUGAAGGGUUGCAUAUUUGAUCGUAUAGUGUUUAACUUUCCUCACUGUGGGAGAAAGAGUGGUGUGAAAAAGAACAGAGAACUCCUGAAAAACUUCUUCCUCAGUUGCAUUCAGGUGUUGGCUGAAGAUGGAGAAGUUCAUGUGUCCCUAUGCAACGGGCAGGGAGGGACGCCGGCAGACCAGCCAAAGAGAGAAUGGCAUAACAGCUGGCAGGUGGCAGCCAUGGCAGCAGAAGCAAAUCUAAUCCUUAGUGCUGUCCAACCAUUUGAAAGGGAGAAACAUCAGAACUACAAGUGUACUGGAUACAGGAGCCAAGAUAAGGGUUUUCAUGUGGAGAAAGCUGUGCUCCAUGUGUUUACUCGAAGCCUCCCCUACACCUCCACUCAGGCACUUCAGGUGGAGGAGAAUAUCGAUGGAGAGAAAGUCCACUACAACAUACCCGCUGAGCUCAGUGAUUACAGCUUCAGGAGUUUUCUCUGUCCAGAUUCUGUCCACCCUGUCAAAUUAGUGCAAGAUUUUCUUCUUGAGGGAUUGGCAGAAAAGUGGUCCGUCAGUAUGACAACAGAGACCACUCCCUUCCUCCUCCCAGCCAGGCAUCUGCAGACAUGCUGCUGUGACAUUAAGAGUACUCACUGCUACUGGAUCCACGUGCUUCAGAAAGAUUUUGCAUCUGACACUCCCACAUCCACAGACAAACAAAACGAUAAGGGAUGCAGAGAUACAGAGGAAACUCUGUCAACUUCAUGUAUUAAUGCAGAUAAAGACGAUAGAGUGAGGAGCAAAGGAGCUGGGAGCUUAAGGUCUACAUGCUCCCUUGACAUUGAUCCAGAGGGAGAGAGUGGACUUUAUUUGCUGCGUCCAUCUCUGCUCCCUCAGUUAGAAGAGCUACUGACUAAAAAAGAGGAGAUGAUGAAUGAUGCAGGGAGCUAUGAGGAGAGUGAGGUGAAUAAGAAAAAUGAUGAACUUGAGGAAAACAAGAAAAAGGAGAGCUGCAAGGGCUGUAAUGGUUUUACCAACUUGCUAUAUGGAAUUAGUGGUGUAGUGUUCAGAAAUACGCCCAUCAACCUCUGGGCUCAGCCUGCCUUUCACGAAUUCCUCCUCAGAGGUGUUUUCCUUUCAGAAUGUGAGGCAAUUAAAUUGCUUGGUGAUAAGCUGGAAACACUACUCAGGCCUUAUGGGGUCUCCUUAGUGACAGAACAGGGAGGUCUGCGAUUGAUUGCACAGCCGAUGGGUUUGCUUGGUAAGGUGUUUGCAAGCAAAUCAAGCAAUAACAACAGCCAUGUUCGCAUCAGUGUGUCCCUAAAUGUGGACCUGCUUGCUGUGCUCCUAUUUUCAAUACCUGAUUGGCGGCUGCUGUGGUCACAUGACCCACGCUUCUUAAAACAGUUUUCACUUCGCCCUUCGCCAGGGACUCCUUUUCGUCCAUUUUCGCUGUAUCCCGAACACUUCAGCUUUGACAUCAGCUUCUGGACAGGGCCAACAUGGGUGGAGAAGAAGUUCCAUGCCGUGGUCCGAGAGGCCAGUCAUGGGACCGUGGAGCAAGUUAAACUCAUUGAUACGUUCUCACACCCUGACCUGAGCCAGACCAGCUACUGCUACAGACUAAUCUAUCACUCACACACACAUUCUCUAUCUCAUACACAAGCACUCCAGUUUCACAAACACUUAGAGUCCUUGCUUUCCUAUCGACUGAAAGUCACCAUCAGGUAGCACUAACGUCUUUAUACUCAAGAAAGAACAAGGAUUUGAGAUUUUUUUUUUUCAGAGACAUAAUUAAGUCAUCUUGUAACUGCAAAGACAGCUGUAAUUGUAUUAUCGGCAAACUGUGUUUAAAAAGAGUUUACAGUAGUUGAAGCAUUGCUGCUUCCUGUACUGUGUCUCCAACCUGUUAUCUAUCAUACAUUUGUCAAGGAUCAUUGAAAAAUAGUAAAAGGUACAUGUAAUAAAACUGAUUUUAAAUCAACCAUGUUUAUUUCUAAAGCACUCAAGCUUCCCAGGAACAGCUAAUUGGAGGGAAAAAUUGAGAUUUAUAGGGAUGGUGGUAUUCUGUUAAAUUUAUAAACCACUGGAUUUUUUAUUUUUUGUAAAUAGAGGUAAGGGUAGGUACGGAAUAUUCAAGAGGGUAUUAGGUAGGGAAUGGGACACCUCAAGGGAGUGUGUGCAGCCCAACAUUGUGUAAUAUUAUGAUUAAUGAUAUUUUUGUGCAAAUCAAACCAAGUGCAGGGAAGUCUUUAUUUGCUGAUGAUGGAUACUUGUGGGUUAGGGGGCGCAAUCUUAAAUAUCUACAGCAAAAGUUGCAGGGUGUGAUUGAUAGGGUUGAACAAUGGGCAGAGAUUGGGGGGUUCAAGGUCUCAUUAGGCAAGUCACUAACAAUAUGUUUCUCUAGACAACAUGUGACAUUGAAGUUGAAAGGGCAAGAAACUGAGCAGGUCAGUGUUGCUAGAUUUGUGGCCAUGUGGAUGGCGUGGAUGACGUGCAGACAUCAUAUUAACAAAGUUAAUAGGAUAACAAAUAAGGAUAACAAGGAUAACAAUAAUAAUAAUAAUAAUUCAGAUUUACCCACCUCAGUCGGUCACACAAUCCACGUAGACAUGUUCUCACUGGCCACUGCCCUAACGUGCCCAGACAUGUCCUCUAGCCAGCGAAUUGCUGAUAAGACGCCCGAGUAAUUAAAAAACUGAUGACCCAGUGAGUAGGUUUUGCAGCAGUAUUGGUUUGAGCACGGUGUAUUCUAGCAAGAUGGCUGACAAUGUGAAUUGAGCAUCCUUCCUGUGUAUGUUGUUGUGAGCAAAGUGCAUUAGAGAGCUGUAUCAUUUUAUUGUCAAGUUAGUUGUAGUGUUGUUCCUGUUUAUAGAGGCAGUGAGUCUUCGACUAUGUUAUUUCACUAAAACUGUGCAAUGUGCAUGCCUAUUCACAUAACUUUGGCCUAUUAUAGUAUAAAGAUAACAACAAAUUUUAGAAGAAUUUGAAUUGUGAUUUUCUCAACCUCUCAUUAAACAUAACGGUACUUGUCAAUAACUUUGUAUAAAUACACUACACACAAAUUAAAGAUAAUAUGCAUACAUAUAUAACUUUUAAAUAAUCUUGCUGUCUUACGCAAAAGUGGACAGUCAAACUGAAUAAAAGCACAAAUACAUUUGAAUACAUCAUUUAUAUAUAAUUUAAUUAUUUGUUUACUUUUGGAAUAAAAAAAAGUGCAGAUUAUGAAUCAGCACGGAGCAAAUUUGA